UAGGUAGGGCACUUUCGAGGUCCCAUCGGGCUUCAAGUGAAAGUCAUGGACAUCGACGAAGAUAUGAUGGAAGGCGCGUUGCAGGCGUACGUGGCAGACGAAAUUCCGUCUGAGGAAACAGCGAACGAGCCAGGCCAGCAGGACAGUGGACACGAGCAGCAAGAUAGAAACAGUAAUCACCAACAGCAGCAGGAAGAGCUUAGGAAAGAAUAUAUGCACGAUGCGAACGCCGCUGACGCUCCUGGUGAGAAGGGAUCUGGGAGGGACGGUGGGGCGAAUGGUGCGGCGGAUCGUGCGGGAGACGCCUCGGAAGCUGCUGUGCACGAGCUGAUGCCUGGAGCGGACGAGGGGAGGACGAAGCAGCAGGAGCAACCGGAGAAGGAGGUUCCGGCAGCACUCCGAUCAAAGCGAAGACUGUACCGCGUUCCCUGCCACGCGAGCUGGUUCAGAUGGGACAAGAUCCAUCCCUUGGAAAAGCGUGGAGUACCGGAAUUCUUCCUCUCCCCACCCUCACCGCAACUACCCACCUCCACCAUUUUCCCUCCUCCUCCACCUGCCAAAACCCCCGCUCUCUACAAGGAAUACCGAGAUGCCAUUAUCACCAUGUACUGCCAGAUGCCGCCUUCCGAUUGGCCGCUGACAUUCACACGUGUCCGCCGGGCAUUGGUCGGCGACGUGAGCUCGAUCCGCCGAGUCUUUGACUUUCUCGACCAGUGGGGGCUGAUCAAUGCUGACGUGGCAGGGGGAGGCGGGGCAGGAGCAGCAGCUAAUGCCUCUGCCGCUGCUGCUGCUGCUGCGGCUGCCAUUGCUGCUGCUGCGGCUGCUGCUUCAUCCACCGGUUUAACCACUCGCAGGCGUGCAGCCGCAGCAGCAGCAGCAGCAGUCGCAGCAGUACAGGAUACCACUGACACCACUGCUGCUGAUGCUGCCGCCUCUGCUGCCCUUAACCCCUGGCCCGAGAUUGCGCCUUUGGAAUCAGACUUAGCUGCUAAAGGCGGUGUGUCUCGUAUCGUCGUUCCUGGAAUCAAGCAAGAGGGGCUUAUGGCGUCGGAUCUGGUCUGCUCCUUCGCUCGGAGAGCCGUGCCUGCUGGUAUGCCCGGAGCUGGAGGUUUGGCAGCAGGUUUGGGAGCAGCCGGAGCGAGGAAGCCUGCAACAGUGAGAACUGCUGAGCUGGCGCUGCUGGGAAUGGUGACAGAUGCGCACUGUAGCACGUGCGGUACUUUGUGCACUAAGCUACGUUACCACUCCGCUAAGCACCCGCCCAUGGAUCUCUGUCCUAAGUGUUUCUCUCAGGGAAAAGUCCCUUCGUCCCGGUCGCUAGUUGAGUUCUUGCGUGUGGAGGCACCUAUUGUACCAUCAGACGCAGCAAGAGUGAGUGUGACUGUGGAGAGCACCCCCGCUAUAGCAGCAGGAGCGCCUGCUGCUGCUGCUACAGCUGCCGCCGCUGCAGCUGCAGUCAGCACAGGAAUCUCAGCAGGCUCGGGCGCAGGUCCGGCGGGAGCUGGAGGAGGUUCGGGAGCUCCAGAGUCGGGGACAGCUUCGGCAGCAGAUGCAGCAGCAGCAGAGGCGGCGGCAGCAGCAGCAGCAGCAGCAGCAGCAGCGGGAAGUGGUUGGAGUGAGGAGGAGGUGUUAUUACUUCUGGAGGGGAUUGAGUUGUUUGGAGAUAGCUGGGAGAAGGUGGCGGGGCAUGUGGGCACUAAGGACCGAGCGCAGUGUCUGGCCUACUUUGUACGCAUGCCCAUGGGUGAUUCUUUCGAGUCCUUAAGUGCGCCACUUGCUGCUUCAGUUACACCUGCUCGAGAAGCACCUGCGCCAGAAGCACCUGUAUCUGGUGGUGCUGCUACUGCUGCUGCUGUAGCCGGGGCGAGCGAGAAGAAAGGGGACGUGGAAAUGCACGAUGCUGACGUGGAAGGAGAGGGGGGAAGGGCGAGCAGGGGCGAGGAGCGCGGAGCUGAGGAGGAGGCGGAAAGGAAGGCUGUUACUGGCGAAGCAGCAGCAGCAGAAGAAGCAGAAGCAGCAGAGGAGACCGGUGCGAGGGCUGAGGGAAAAGGCAGAGGCAUUAAGAGAAAGGGGUCGGAGCUUGAGCCGCCGCAGAGGCAGGCAGUGAUAGGCGUAGAGGAGCCGAUACCAUUUGGUGACAGUGGUAACCCGAUCAUGGCUCAGGUGGGGUUUAUAGCGGGGAUGAUUGGUCCCCGAGUGGCAGCUGCUGCUGCUCAGGCUGCUCUGGCCGCGCUGGUGUUUGAAGACCCCUCCGCCCUGGCUGAAUUGCACCAAGCUGCUGCAGCGGAGGAAGAGGCAAAGGCAGCAGCAGCAGCAGCAGCAGCAGAGGAAGAGGCAAGGGCAGCAGCAGCGGAAGUGGCUAAGGCAGGGGCAGGGGUGGGUAAGGGAGCACCAGAGCAAGCGGCAAAGGCAGUGGCGGCAGCGACGGGUAAGGGUGAGACUGAGGCGGCAGGAACAGCGAGAGAAGGAGAGGCAGAGCGAGAGGCGAAGGCAGGGGCAGCCGCAAAGGCAGAUGCAGUGGCAGCCGCAGCUUCUGCUGGUGAUAGUGGCGUUGCUGCUGCUGCUGCUGCUCCUGUUGCUGCUCCUGUUGCUGCUGCUGAUGGUGGUGCCACCAAAGCCGGUGGAGAAAAGGACACUCUGGGUGAUGACAGGGGGGCUGCAGCAGGAGCAGCAGGAGGAGACGGAGAAGCAGGCGAAGGUGCUAUUAAAGGAGAUGCUGCUAAAGGGGAUGGUGAUGGUGCAUCUCCUGCGCCUCCUGGGGCUCCUGCUGCUGAAGGCAGUGCUGUGGGUCGUCCGUCUGGUGCUGCUGUUAGGGAGAAGGGUCAGGAGGGGCGAGGCGAGGGAGGAGGAGGGGAGGGAAAGGAGGGGAAUAAAGAGAUGGAGGGCAGGGAAAGUGAGAGUGUCAGUCUAAUAAAGGAGAGUGAUCGAAGUGAGGCUGGUGCAAAAGGUGCGGAUACUUCUGGGGAAGGGUUACCAGGUAGAGAGGGAAAGAGUGAGGGAAAGGAGGGGGGAAGGGAGGGGGAUGAGGGGGUUAAGGUUGAUGGAGCUGCUGCUAUGGAUGUUGAUAUGGGUAGAGAGAGCAGCAAGGGCGAUGGGAGGGGGGGAGAGGAAGGGCAGGAAGGGCAUGGAUUGAAAAAGGAAGGGGGCGAGAAGGAAGGGGAGGAAAAGGAAGCCGAGGAGGGAACGAAGGGUGAGAAGACGGAUGAGGGUGUUGUGAUCGCAAGCGAGAGGCCCAGUGACAGUGUGACCCCACUCCCAGCAGCAGCAGCAGCUGCUGCCACGGCAAGAGGAGGAGAGAAACCCGCACCAGCAAAAGCAGGAGCAGCAACAGAAGCAGCAGCAGGAGGAGGAGGAGAGCCGCAAGGCCCCCGGCGCCAAGCUCCGUCUCUCUGCGACUUGCCUUCAGCGCUGCGAAUUCGAGCGGCCGCCGCGACGGCAAUGGCUGCUGCAGCAGUGAAGGCGAAGCUGAUGGCGGAGGAGGAGGAGAGGGAGAUGCGGCGAGUCAUGGCUGAGCUGGUGGCCAAACAGUGCCUGAAGAUGGAGCGCAAGAUGCUUCAAUUUGAGAGGCUGGAGCAGUUGAUGGGCCGGGAGAGGGCGAGCAUCGACAGGCAGAGAGCCGCGUUGUUUGAGGAGAGAAUGAGGCUUGUUAGGGAGAGAGCGGCACUCCGUGCUGCUGCUGGUGCAGGUGGUGGUAUUCCGGGUAUUGGCGGCAUUGGUGGCGUUACAGCUGAUGGUGCAGGUUAGUAGAGAGAGCAUUGACAGGCAACGCUGUAUGAGGAGAGAAUGAGGGUUGUUAGGGAGAGAGCGGCACUCCGUGCCGCUGCUGCUGCUGGUGCUGUUGCUGCUGGUGCUGGUGCUGGUGCUGGUAUUGGCGGUAUUGGUGGCGUUACGGCUAAUGGUGCAGGUUAGAGCCAGCAUGGACACACAGAGGGCAGUGCUGUUUGGAGAGAGAUUGAGGCUUCAGCGUGUGCUGUGCUUGUGCUUCAGGUGGUGAUGGUGCGUCGACUGCUGGUGUUGCUAGUGUUGCUGCUGGUGCUGCUGGUGCUGCUGGUGUGGUAGUCUGAUGAUUUUGAGGUGACUCAGAGUUGGUGCGGGCAGUGUGGGCAGGGCAGGCCAAUUGUAGGAGUCGAUAAUGCAAGACCACAGUUGCAUGUCACCCCAUUCAUGCGAUGCACGGCUACAUACAUAAUGAAAUUCCACGAUUUGUGUGAC